AUGGACCCAUUAAAGGCGCCCCAGUCGGCCUUCAGCUUCACAGCCGCCGAGCCAAUCAGGAAUACGCUUGAACAGCCCACCUCACUUGUUUCCGCAGCAAUUGACGACUCGAAAAAGAGACAAAAGCCCGAAGACGACCUGGAAUUCGUGGACUCCAUGGGUGCUUUCAUCCAAGAAUCGCGCUCCACGCUUUCUGAGUUGGUUGACCUCAUUUUGGCCAAUUUGCCGUUGAAGCGCAGCUACCACACAUACACAACGCUCGUGGAGUCCCACUGUCGAUUGAAAUCGGAUGAACGAUCUAAGCUCACCCAGAUGAUCUACGAGAAACUAGACAAACACUACCAGGACCACACCAAGUUGGAGAUAGCCAAUAUACUUGAGUCGAUGUGGGACAACUCUCAAACUAUUAUCGAAAAAUGCCUUGUGGUCUUCGAAGACUGGGAAUCAAAGUUAAAGUUGAUUCGAAAGUUAUUCUUAUAUUUGGAUCGAUCCUACCUUUUGAACCAUGCUACCAAAAGCCAGAUUUUGAAUUAUGGUAUGGAUCUAUUGAUAAAUGAUGUUUUUAUUGAUAAUCACCGGUAUAGAAUGAUAUUAUUAAAGCUACACACAGAUAUUCUAGCGGAGUACCGACAGAGGGAUGAAGAAUAUCCACAGUUUAUCAAGGAUUUUACCAAGGCAAUCCUCAAGUUCAACUACACUCGAACAUUCACUGCCUAUCUUGAUACUGUUCUCGUUGACCUGAUCAUUGCACAAUUCAAUACUUUGAAGGUAACAUGGUGGGAAAAUCCGGAAGACUACUUGGCAAUAGUCGUACGUAGGGCUUCCAGGGAGAAAGAGUAUUACCGUGAAUGUGGGUACUCUAGUAAAUCUAUCAAUAACCUCAUAUUAAGGCUCCAUUGGAUCUUAAUAUUCGAAGACUUCAAGACAUUUAUCAGCUCAGUGUUACCUUAUCUUGUCGAACCCGAAUAUCAUUACAGGCUAAGACUGGUGUAUUCGUGGAGCGAAAGUUCCAAGCGGGCUUUUGCUCUUGACUCGAUGCCAAUUUUCGUACUUGAGUGGGGCCAAAUGAUAUCCAAUAAGGUGUUAAAAAUUAUUGAUUCCAACAAAACCCAAUUGCCCAAAUUUUUAGUUCAUGAGUUAGUUGAUUUGUUUACCAAGUUUAAUGGCAUAGUUGGUGAAUGUUUGAAUGGAAACGAGAAGUUUGAAUUUGAAUUGCGGAGUUCUUUUACAAAUGCCUUCAACAAACGCCCAAACAACAACUUCGUCAUUCUACAACUUGCAAAAUAUUGUGAUAAUUACUUCAAGGCAUCAUCGAAAAAAACAUCCUCAGAUAUACCUUUCGAAGAGUUCAAGUCAAAUGUUUUAGUAAUAUUCAAAUGCAUCAACAAUAAACAGGAUUUCCUUAUACCCUACAAGAAGGAUCUUUCGAGAAGAUUAUUACUCGCCAGAAAUUCCAACUUUGAUCAAGAGAAACAAUUGGCAGAUUCAAUUAUGGAUCUCGUUGGAGCUUUCGACUCUAACGGUUUGGAUGCUUUAUUCACAGAUUUUAUCACAUCUCGGGAUUCAUACUCUAGCAUAUUGGAGAGUGACGUUAUUGAAUUCAAUCCAUUGGUAUUAGAUAAAUCUAAGUGGCCUGAUAUUCCCAAACUUGAAACUGAAGCUGCUAUUCCUUCUCAAUUAUCUUCCAUCUUGGAUUCAUUCAGCACGAAAUACCUUGAGUUGAAUGAAAGACACAAGAGCCAAAAGCUUGACUGGAGCAACUAUUCAUUACAUCAGUUGACUAUCCAUGGAGAGUUUGAGAAGGGGGUUAAAGAAUUAUCAGUAAAUCUCCUUCAAGCGGUGGUAAUUCUUUUGUUUAAUGAUGCAGACAGUUAUCUGUUCAAACAAAUACGACAGAAAACGAACAUGGAAACCAAGCUAUUAACUAGAAUACUCACAUCUUUGACUACUGAAAGAUACAAGAUUUUGAUCAGAAAUGAUGAUAUGUACAACUACAAUUAUCAAUUCACAGAUAAGUCAUACAGGAUAAGAAUACCACUUGCAAAAGAUACCACAACCAAAGCUGCAAAACGUGGUGGUGAAAUCGUGCAAGAAAUCGAGAAAAACAGAAAGGAAGAGUUUAGCAGUGUUCUUAUGAAGAUUAUGAAGCAAUUUAAGGAGUUAGCAGUAUCGGAGUUGUUUGGGAAGGCGAUUGACAUCUUAGAGAAGAGAAACCCAGUUAGCAUUGUUGAUUUGAAAGAGAGUUUGGAGCAGUUGAUCAAUAGGGAGUAUAUACUGAGGGUUACCACUGAAAAAGUUCGGUACAUACCUUAA